UUUAGCGUUUGAUCACGUGGUGUCCAAAGGUUACAGAAUCCAUCAUGGCGGCCAUGUGGAAGAUUGGAGCCGGUGUCUGGAACUCGCAAGCUAAUUUAAAUGGUCUGCGAUGUAUCAGCACAUCAGUUGCUCAAUAUGCCCCAGGCAAAUCAAACAAAAAGACCUUGGGUGGAAAGCAGGGCCGAAACAUUGUCCUGGUGGAAGGGGUGAGGACUCCAUUUCUCAUGUCGAUGACGUCCUAUCAGAACCUGAUGCCUCAUGAUCUGGCCAGAGCUGCUCUGUCGGGACUCAUAAGGAAGACAAACAUGGACACAAGUAUUGUUGACUACAUUUUGUAUGGAACUGUCAUUCAGGAGGUGAAGACAAGCAAUGUAGCAAGAGAGGCGGCCCUUGGAGCUGGAUUCCCUGAUACCAUCCCCGCCCACACAGUCACACAGGCCUGUAUCUCAUCUAAUCAAGCCAUCACCACAGGUAUUGGGAUGAUUGCGUCAGGAUCUUGUGAUGCUAUAGUAGCGGGAGGAGUAGAGUUUAUGUCUGAUGUUCCAAUCAGACACAGUCGUAAAAUGAGGAAGUUGAUGUUACAGCUUAACAAGUCCAAGAACAAGGCUGGCAUCAUUAUGAAGAUGCUGUCACCAUCUGCUCUCACACCUGAGCUACCUGCUGUUGCUGAAUUUUCUACCAAUGAGACAAUGGGACACUCUGCAGACAGAUUAUGUGCAGCUUUCAAAGUCAGCAGACAAGAGCAGGAUGAGUUUGCUCUGAGAUCCCACACACUUGCACAUGAAGCAACUGAGAAGGGACUCCUCUCCGAUGUCCUCAGCUACAAAGUUCCAGGCGUAGCAGAGCCAAUCACCAAAGACAAUGGAAUAAGACCCUCCUCUAUGGAGAAGUUGUCCAGUCUGAAGCCAGCCUUCAUCAAACCACACGGCACCAUCACUGCAGCAAACGCAUCAUUUUUGACUGAUGGAGCAUCAGCAUGUCUAAUCAUGGAAGAAGAGAAAGCCUUGGCCAUGGGAUUUAAACCCAAAGCCUACCUGAGGGACUUCCUUUAUGUGUCUCAGGAUCCUAAGGACCAAUUACUGCUGGGACCAGCAUAUGCUACACCCAAAAUCCUGAAGAAAGCUGGACUCUCCAUGUCUGAUAUCAGCGUGUUCGAAUACCAUGAAGCUUUUGCAGGCCAGAUUUUGGCAAACUUGAAAGCUUUGGACUCGGAUUGGUUUGCUAAGAACCACAUGGGAAUGAGUGAAAAGUUUGGUGCCAUUCCCAUGGACAAGUUUAACCUGUGGGGAGGAUCUUUGUCACUUGGACACCCAUUUGGCGCCACAGGAGUCCGACUGGUAACAACAGCAGCUCACCGCCUUGCCAAGGAAGAUGGUCAGUUUGGACUGGUGGCAGCCUGUGCAGCCGGAGGCAUCGGCCACGCAAUGCUUGUUGAGCGAUACCCAUCGACGUGAGGACCCAAGCAGAUCUGUCCAAUCAGCAAAAUAGUCUGAUCAUCUGGAGUGAUUUUCCUUUGACAUCAUUUAAGACACAGAUGGAGUGUCACAAUGGACCGAUGAAGCCCUGUUUGAAGUGAACUUUACUGGAUUGCAGAAGUAAAAAUGCUGUGGGGCAUUGGACAAGUAAAUGAAAGCAAGUUGUUGUGAUUGUGUAGAGGAUUACUCAAUGAGAUGAAAUGGUGAUAUAGAGGCUGCGAACAACACAUUGAUGGAUGUGGACAAUUUAAUUGCUACGCUGGGUUUCACUCGUAAUAUAAUUACGCAAGUGGAACUCGUGUUUAAAUCUCAUUUUUCAUUUGAACUGUGAUACAUCACAUUUGUAAAUUAUUAUUUAUAUUAAAAUUGUGAGAAUAUGAACAAAUUCUUUUUUGGUU